GCCGGAGCCUCGCAGCUUCCGCCCCAUGGCCGGGUCCCCGCGCCGCGCCUCGGGCCGGCGCCUGCAGCUCCCCAUGCUGUGCCUCCUCCUCCAGGGCGCCACCGCCAUCCUCUUUGCUGUUUUUGUCCGCUACGACGACGAAACCGACGCUGCCCUCUGGCACGGGGGCAACCACAGUAAAGCGGACAAUGAAUUUUACUUUCGCUACCCAAGCUUCCAGGACGUGCACACCAUGGUGUUCGUGGGCUUCGGCUUCCUCAUGGCCUUCCUGCAGCGUUACAGCUUCAGCAGCGUGGGCUUCACCUUCCUCCUGGCUGCCUUUGCCCUGCAGUGGUCCACGCUCGUCCAGGGCUUCCUGCACUGCCUCCACGGCAGCCACAUCCGUGUCGGCGUGAAGAGCAUGAUCAAUGCCGACUUCUGCGCUGGGGCUGUGCUUAUCUCACUUGGUGCUGUACUGGGCAAGACGGGGCCGGCCCAGCUGCUGCUCAUGGCCCUGUUGGAGGUGACACUGUUUGGCAUCAACGAGUUUGUGCUCCUUUAUUACCUGGGGGUAAAGGAUGCAGGAGGCUCCAUGACCAUCCACACCUUUGGUGCCUACUUUGGUCUGGUACUCUCACGGGUCCUCUAUAGGCCCCGGCUGGAGAAGAGCAAGCAUCGCCAGGGCUCUAUCUACCAUUCGGACCUCUUUGCUAUGAUUGGGACCAUCUUCCUGUGGAUCUUCUGGCCUAGUUUCAACUCUGCACCCACUGCUCUGGGGGAUGGGCAGCAUCGGACAGUCCUCAACACUUACUACUCCCUGACUGCGAGCACCCUCAGCACCUUUGCCUUGUCGUCCCUUGUCGGGGACAAUGGGCGGCUAGACAUGGUCCACGUCCAGAAUGCUGCCCUGGCUGGAGGGGUCGUGGUGGGGACAUCAAGUGAAAUGAUGCUGACACCCUUUGGGGCUCUAGCAGCUGGAUUCCUGGCUGGAACUGUCUCCACACUGGGGUUCAAAUUCUUCACGCCCAUCCUUGAGUCAAAAUUCAAAGUUCAAGACACAUGUGGCAUUCAUAAUCUUCAUGGGAUGCCUGGGGUCCUGGGAGCCCUACUGGGGGCCCUCGUGGCUUGGCUGGCCACCCAUGACGUUUACGGAGAUGGCCUACACAGCGUGUUUCCACUCAUAGCUGAGGGCCAGCGCAGCGCCACAUCUCAGGCCGUUUACCAGCUCUUUGGGUUGUUUGUCACACUGACGUUUGCCUCUGUGGGUGGGGCCUGUGGAGGGCUUCUCCUGAAGUUGCCAUUCCUGGAUGCCCCCCCAGACUCCCAGUGUUACGAUGACCAGGUUUACUGGGAGGUGCCUGGGGAGCAUGAGGAUGAAGCCCAGGGACCUCUGAGGCAGGAAGAACCCGACACUCAGGCCUAACUUGCUUCCAGCCCUUGAGAGGAUGCUCUCCGUUUAGAGGAUAACAACUGGCUACAAUGGGGGAGUUAUUUGGUGGCUCCCAUCCUUCGUACUGCAGGAAAGAAGUCACAAACUAGAGGAGCCUCCUUUCCAUCGGCAGCACUGGGGGAAUGACUAGAAGGCCUGGGAGAUGGUGGAGGAGCAGGGCUAUAACUGGUCGUGGCGGGGGAAGAACUCCCCAGCAGCCCCACCCACCAUCACCCUCCACCCUGCCACCUGUAAGCGAGGCACCCAAGUGACGGCUGACCCACUGGCCCAGCAUCACACAGUUACACGGUGUGAGCCAGGGUCUGGCUCUGUGAGCGUGAUAAACACCAUCAU